GCGCUUGGCUCUAGAACCUCUUGGCGCGGGCUCAGCAGCUUGGGGCCUGGGCCAAGCUCACUCGUAUCUCUCUUCCCAUUCCCUCACCGUCACCGUCUUCAAAGCCGCACCACAGAAGCAACUCCUCGCCGCAGCACAAGACAACGUCGCCUGCCUUCAACCUCGCUGCAUUACUGAAGCAACUCGUCGGUGCUCCUCGCAGCUACUGCAGGAGUGGACGUUCUCUUUAUAGCCUCCUUUAUUGCAGGGUUCAGCUUUUCCAGUAGAUAGCAUCAAAAGAUAGGCAGAUGAAGUCAGUAGUGGGGAUGGUGGUGUCUAAUAAGAUGCAGAAGUCAGUGGUGGUGGCCGUCAAUAGGCUCUUCCACCACAAGAUCUACAACCGCUAUGUCAAACGCACCUCCAAGUUCAUGGCACAUGACGAGCACAACCUUUGCAACAAUGGCGAUCGAGUUAGACUGGAUCCUUCUAGGCCAUUAAGCAAGCGAAAGCAUUGGGUUGUUGCUGAAAUUCUGAAGAAAGCGCGAAUUUACGUGCCACCAUCAGCUGAUAACUCUAUGGGUUUAGAUAGCAAAACUGAAGCGCAAACUUCUUCAACCUCUUGAACUUAGAUCAAAUUCAAAGUUGCAAAAAAUGAGAAGUAUACUGAAUGGUGUAAACGUAUAUGCUUAUGGUCAUAGGUUUCACAAUGUUGAAAGUUUUAUCAUCAAAUUUAUAACCUAUAUAAGUUUGUGGGCUUUUUUAGAUGCUGUCACGUAUGUCUAGACAUAAGCUUCUUUCAAUUCUUAUUUAAAUAAUAAGGAAAAAUUGUGAAAAA